AGUCAGUCCCCGUGCGUGUCUUCUCCCAGCAGUGCUGCUGUUGCACCAUCGCCCAUGACGUCCAGGCAUUAUAAUGUUCCCUACAAUCCUCGCGAUUGGGGACCGGUUAGUAGCAGCUCGCCAGCAAACUCCGGACAGUCUACCUAUUCGCAGCCUAGCAGUUCCAAUAGCUUGCGUCGAAGUGUGCAUCGUCCGCCGCAAAAUGACCCAGACGUUUCUCUAUCGCCUCCGCCCCCGCCGUACUCACCCCCAAGCCAUCAAAAUCAACACCAACCAUCGUGGGAUGCCGUCCAACACAAUUCGGUUAGGGAGGCACCCUCAAAUGCGGCUCCCCCAUACCCCGGGUCAAGCAAUAUGAAUGCUGAAUCUAUGUUCGCAGAUAUCACUUCCUCCACCUCCACCAUUGCCGCAAGGAGGCCCGCCUCCAAGGGCGUCUUCUCAGAAUCAUCACGAUGUUUACCAUGGCAUGAGCUCCGGGCCAUCAAUCAUGAUCUCGCAGGAGGAUCUGCAAUUCCCAACAACUGCGGGCCAUGGGCAUGCAGCGGCUGGACAGUUGGACCCUAUUGCUUCACGCCCGCCAACUUCCAGAAGGGCCGUCUCCGCAGGCCCAGUUGUGGGGAGUGCCAGUUCAUCAAGGGUUGGCAGUCAAUCACCAAGCAUGUCACCACCACGGGCCUGGGAGCCAGGAAUGCCCCUGCCACCACCUCCGCCGGGACCUCCACCAACUUCGAGGUCACGUAGUGUGUGUGGCUCACCAGAAGCGUCAUCUUCAAGGAAUGUCAUGAAUGUUCCCGUCAAGACAAGGGUGCGGGCGCCUCCAUCACUAGGAACUGGUUUGGGUAGCAUACCACCUACGCCUUCUGGCUGGGUGGACGACGAAUCUCAGCACGAUAAGGGCAAAGACUUGGUAACGACUGAAAACAAUGGCACAUCCCCGCCGUCUUAUACGGCACCCAAAUCAGACAAUCCUGUCCAUCCUUCAACAAGCCGUGGUAAUCUUCUCCGCAGUCCUGCUCUUCGAGACCCGAGCGCCAAGGGUAUUCGAGAGAGGAGAAUCGAACGCAGAAAUCGCCAAAGCCAGGUUUUCGAAGAUUCUUAUGACCUACCUCCUGAUAGCGCAUGGGGUGACGGUGUGGAUCAAGUAAAACCCUCAAACCUCGUUCUUGCUAAUCCGAAUGGCGACCGCCGCGACUCUCGUGCUCCAUCAUCCGCAAAGUAUACACCGCAUAGUGCUCACAGCUUUGGAUCGGACACGCCGCAGUCAACUUCACGUUCGAGAGCUUCUUCCAUCGGUCUUUUCUCCAGCCGAUCUUCUUUCUCUACUCCUAAAGCUGAGCCUAGUCCAGCUGCACCGACGCGUGGAUAUACGCAAACACCUCCCUUCUCGCCAGACGGGGAUCAUCCAUCCCCAUAUCCUAAAACGAUGCCGCAGCCUUUGCCUCCAAAGGCACUCCCGACACCGCCUCUGCAAUCCGCGCGAGAGGGGAAGAUGCCAUCCCGUCCCUCGUCUAGGGAAGAGCGCCCGAUAUCUCAUGUGCGCCAUUUAUCCAACAGUUCUGUAUCUUCGGAGUCUCCAAUAUUGCAGCAUCGCUCGUCCGUAUCGAAGGAAUCAGCACCGAAUUCCACCAAGCGAGACACGGAUGGGUUUUUCCAGGACGCUGUGCAGCGACAUAAGGAUUUCAUUGAGAAAGAAGCUAGCGCUGCAGACGAAAUUGAAGCUCUAAAACUCUUCGUGGAUUUCAUUGUCUCUGAGUCGCGUAUGAGGCGUCAACGGUAUUCUCAGGCCUGGAACUCGGGGUCAUUCGACCACGAGGAAGUGCGUCGAAAACUGUUUGAAACACCACCAAUUCAACCACCGCCAGGCCCUGAAGCCAUCAACGCAGCGUCAGCAGUUGUUCCAAGGAGGCGACCAUCCAUAGGGCCAAAGCUCGAUAUGUCACAUGUCAGCCGCCUUGAGCCUUCUUGGGGAAAUAGCUACAAACCAUCACUGUCCCCUAUUGCAAGUCUCAGUAUAAGCAACGAUGAGAUGAGCUCACGGGGUCGUGCACCCAGCCGCUGGUGGGAGUCCAAAACCGGCUCGAGCAGCGAGGGAGAUGGACGCAAGGUUCACCGUUCGAAGCAAGAGUCAAAAUACAUGGGGUUAUCGCUGGGGUCCUUGCAAGAGAACCACCAUCAACCUUCCUCCGAAGCUGAAGCGCCAGGCUACUCUCUGGAUUCUUCCAUGGGCCAAUAUGCCGCAUACGGUCCAAAUGAAUAUCCACCGGAGAAAGUUGGCUGGCAUGAGGAGCCGGCACCGCCACCAGAUCCAUAUAUGCCCAGCAGUAGUUAUGUCGAACCACCUAAAAUGGACGUAUCACGGCUGAUUACCCUCCCUCCGCCGUACCCGCGCCACUAUCCUGCUGUCAAUAACAACCAUCCUGAUUUGGUUGAGUACCGGACAUUGGUCCGAUCAAUCAGCGAUCUCUCUGAGAUCAAAGCCAUGAGACAACGACAUGAUGGUGAAGUGGAUCGCUUAUUUCAGGACCAUAAGGAAAGAACCCGCGAAUGCCGGCGCAUGUUCAAAGCCAACACACAGACUCAGAUUCAGCAUGGUAGUAUUACCUUCUCCGAAGCCGCUGAGGCAGAAGCUGCACUAGUCCUGGAAGAGAAUAAACUCGAUCGAGCACUGGCGAAACGGGUUUUGGAUCUGUACCAAUCUUCUGUGUUGGAACCAACUCAUGACAUACUCACGGAUCGGAUUUCACGGGCAACUAGCUGCAUUGAUGAGCUGAGCAGCAAACUAUUCGAUGAUGCGCGUCAUGGGACUCCGGAUCAGGCUCAGGAAGAGGGUGACGAGAAACCCGAACUGCUGGAAAAGCUCACGCAACUGAAAUGGCUAUUCGAAACUCGAGAAGUCCUGCACCGUGAAAUGUACGACCUAGUCCGUGCCCACAACGAGAAAUACAGAACCGUCGUGAUCCUCCCCUACCGCCAAAAAGCAGUCGACGAAAAGGUCCGCGAAACGAACGCCUUCUUCGAUCAGGAUGCACUAGAUCGCCGCGCCCAAUACGAAUCCAACACACUCUCCCGCCUCGAAUCAUUCCUCGACAUAAUCGAGUCAAAUGUCGUUCGUGGCGUCGAAGUCCAACUCUCCGCCUUUUGGGAUAUCGCGCCAUCCCUCCUCACCCUAAUCGACCAAAUCCCGCCAGAUCUCACCGACUUCGAAGUCCAAAUCCCCGCAAACGAAUACGAGGAAAACCCAAGCUACCACCGCCACCCGCUACAAUACCUUUACUCUUUACUUUCGCACGCAGAGAAAUCGAGUUACCAGUACAUCGAAUCCCAAACUAACCUCCUCUGUCUGCUUCACGAGGUCAAAUCUGCCGUGAUGCGCGCAAACUGCCAACUCAUGGAAGCUGAGCGUACGCGACGGGGCGAGCCGAGUGAUGAGGUACAGCGUGAGAUUAUGGAUACGCGGGCUAGUGAGGAACGGGCGCUCACGGCGGAUCUGAAGGAUAAAGUGUCUACGGUGGAGAUUCAGUGGACGGAGGCGAUGGGUAGCCAGAUUCAGGAAUUGAGGGAUAGGGUUAGGAUGCAGCUUGAGGCGGAGAAUGGGUGGGAGGAGAUGGAGGUGCUGGAGCAGACGUGAUUUGAUGAUAUGUUACCAUUUUUCUAUUCUUUGAGAUUUGAUUUGAUGAUGAUGGUUAUUUUUUGAUGCUGGAUAUGUACAUCCCUUUUGAUGAUACCCAUUCGUU